AGUGCACCAGCACACCCCUCUCAAUCCCUCAUAACAUCGAAAAAAAACGUCACAAAAUUCCCGUGUCAAAAUGUCAUUAUCGAUUCACAAAAACCAUCCCAACUAACCGAUCCCCGAGUAACAUGAACAGAAAUGAGGCUCUAUCGCAAAGCUCCUUACUACAAGACAUGAUCCGGGUGAAGAAGUUACGGUUCAAAGACCUCGAGGAGCGAAAACUAAAACCGCACAUCACCAAGGAGUAUUUGAAACGUCGCGCGAACUUCGAGGAGUUCAAGGCGGUUUAUGGUGACUGUGGCGGUAGUACCAGGGGCGGGGGUGGAGGAGGAGGAGGAGGAGGUUCCACGGCGAAGCAAGACCUCCACAAAACGAAAUCGGGGAGUCUGUGUAAGGUGCCGAGGGUGAACGGUAGGCCCGAGCAUGUGGAAACUGUUAAUAUCGAGUUGCCUUUACACUACGGAGGAGAUCGUGCCGUUCAAAUAAUCGAAAACAAAAUCAAACCGAAACGAGCCUCAUCACAUCUGCCGAAGGUGCACCGGGAGGUAACCACCGAGACACAAGAAAAACCGAAAAAAAGCGUAAAAAUCGUGGAAACUUUGAAAACCAUCGAGGAAAAACUGGAAAACGAAAGCGAAACCGUCAUAAGCGACAAACAGUUGAAGGAGAUCGAGAAACAUUUGAGCAUGAGAAAGGAGAGGUGCCAGAAGAACCUCCCCAAGCCACCAAUACCGAAACUUUCGAAAAAACGAACUGGGAGUAACGGGAAACUGAUGUCCACCCUAUCGAGCAUCAAUGAAAAGCUGAAAAUCAUGCAAGACAAGUACUUUAAAAUCCAAUAUAAGACGGUCAAUGACUGUUUCACCCAAAGUGGCAACGUGGAGGUUUUCUUUGAAAAUAAACAUUUCGAAAACGAGCACCUGAAUAUUGAACAACCAACGGAAGUAUGGGAGGAGUCAAAAACGCGACAGGACGAUUUGUUCCCGGAAUUCCCGCAAAUCGAGGACACCCUCAAGCAGAUCGAGAACCAUUUGGAGGAUAUUGCCAAGGAAGAGGAGGAGGAGGAUGAGGUGGAAAAGGAUGGAGAGGGUGAUGAGUUUGGAGGAAUGUGGAGAGGGGAUGGUUUGGAGAAGAUGUUGGAUGAGCAGGACCCAAUAGAAGACACCUUAACAAAAGAAAUCCUAAAAACGCAAAACAAGUUAAAAACCCAAAAACUGAAAACCAUCUCCCACCAAAUCGACCACGUGGAAAACUUCUACGAGAAAAUCGCAUCGAUCGUGAACGACGAAUCGUCCAUUGCGUCGGUAGAUUUGGGACCACAACAAGAAAAAACCAACCCAAAAUCGACCCACAUAGAGGGCCCAGACCUGGAAUCGUCCAUAAAGAAAUCCAACUAUCUAUCCAGGGACCUGGAACGGUACGACGACUCGACGGUGAAAAUCUUUUCGGAUAACAAGAGAUCGUUUUGGCGGGAUCGUUUGAGGGAAAUCCGGGAACAGAAGGAGUACAGCGUCGAGAGUGUGACGAAGAUGAUCGACGCCUUAAAGGUCACCCUGGAGGAGUCCAUAUAUGAGCCGGUGACGUAACAGGUUUUCAGGGAGGGACUGUUUUUCUUUUUUUUUUGUAAUGUAAUGGGUAGUUUUAUGUCGUCACGAUAGGAGGGAUAAUAAACGAGUUGUUUUUUAUUUAAUAAUAAAA